AUGACUUCACGUGGAUUAAUAACUCGCAUCUGAUAUUUUCAAUGUUUUCCAGAGUUCGAGCUCCUUCCACAGUAUGAAAAGGCGGCAUGAGGGUCAAACAAAAUUGUACCAGUUCAAGAACUGCCGUUUACUGAGAGACAGUAAAUUAAUUGAAGAAGACCUUUGGGUGAGAGACGGCAAGAUUAUUGAUCCACGAGAUGUAUUUUGGGGAGGGAAAGUUCUCGCCGAUGUUCAAAUUGAUUGUAACAGUUUAAUCAUAAGCCCAGGAUUUAUUGAUCUCCAAAUAAAUGGUGGAUUUGGAGUUGAUUUCUCUUCUGAUCCCGAUAAGUUGGAGGAAGGUUUGAAGACUGUUUCCAAGGGUUUGUUACAGCAUGGUGUGACAUCUUACUGUCCUACAAUUGUCACAUCAUCGCAAGCAAGUUACAAUGAGAUUUUGAAGAAGAUAAAACGAACCCCAGGUGGAGUUCAUGGUGCAGAAGUAUUAGGUGCCCAUUUGGAAGGUCCAUUCAUAAAUCCUGAAAUGAAAGGAGCUCACAAAGAACAUCUGAUGAGGCAGAUCAGCACCAAAGGAGCCCAAGAAAUCGAGGACUUUUACAGUUCAUUAGAUCAUGUGAGCAUCAUAACAAUAGCUCCCGAACUGGCUGGGGAAAGUAUGGAGUCCAUACAACAGUUAGUAAAGAGGAACAUUGUGGUAUCAAUAGGUCACUCUGCAGCAAACUUGUCCAUUGCAGAGAAAGCAGCAGACAAUGGUGCUACAUUUAUCACUCAUCUAUUCAAUGCUAUGUUGCCAUUCCAUCACAGAGAUCCUGGUAUUGUUGGACUUCUCACAAGUUACGAUAUCCCUAAACCCAUAUUCUAUGGACUUAUAGCUGAUGGAAUUCAUACACAUCCAACAGCCACAAGAAUAGCACACAGAUCACAUCCUAAUGGACUUGUUUUAGUCACUGAUGCUAUUGCUGCCCUUGGACUUCCUCCAGGAUUACACAAGCUCGGCCCAAUGCAAGUCGAGAUAAAUCAUGAAAAAGCCACCUUAAAAGGAACUAACACACUUGCAGGAAGAGUAGCUAGCCUACGUGUAGCUGUUAAAGGAAUCCUCUUCUUUCAAAAUGUUUCAGGCUGCAGCGCAGUGGAAGCACUUGAGGGUGCUACUCUACACCCUGCCCAGGUGCUGGGGAUUGAACGAAGGAAAGGCACCUUGAACUACAAAUCUGAUGCAGACUUAGUCUUCCUGGAUGAAGACCUCAAUGUGCAUGCUACAUUUAUCGCUGGUGAGCCAGUAUGGCUGCAUAAGGAAGGUUUAGUGACUGGUGUCAUGAAACUGAACUACAACAUGAUGGGGAGUAAAUCAAAAAGAGUGUCAAUUUCUGGACUGAGCAUUCACAUCUAAGAUAAGUCCUUCAAAUUUGAACUCAACCCUUUGACAAAAUAAGCAAAUAAGCACUAUGAAUUUGCCACCAAAAUGUUUUAAAAAAUUGUUAAAAAUUGGUGUGAAACUGUUACCCAAAUCCUAACAAAUUUUUUUCCAAUUUUGAUUUUAUUAUUAUUAGAAGAUCUAAAACUAUACUUAAAUGAAUUUGACAAAGUAUAUUUUUAAAAGAAAAGAUUAUUCUGAAAGCAGUUGCUCAGCAAAUAAUUUUGUAAAUAUUGUGAUCAAAAACAUGCAAUAUCCAGCCUCACUGCCAUCUUUCUAAGAUGCAGAGCUGGACCAAUAGGCAUGAAAUCUGAUAUUUUUUAGUCCAUUCAGAGUGUGGUUAUAACAGCAUCUGAACUAUGGUGCUAACCCAACUGCCUUCCCAAACAGUAAUGUCUAAUAACUUAUUGAUUUCCAAAAUUGCACCCCAAAAGAACAAAUGCCUUUCUGAAUUGCAUUCCUAAAAUGACUCUAAAUCUUACAAUGAUUCUGAAUCAUAUUCUCAAAUGCUGCAAAUGUAAUUAAUACACACAAAAAAGUUACACAACUAGCCACUGAAACGAAGAAUUACUUGUAAUUUUUCCCAACUUUCUGUAAAUUUAUAUUACAAAGGAAUAAUCAUUCUCAUUUAUUCCUAAUUUUUGUCUGUACCAACUUAAUAAACAAAAAACUGUUGUCAUUUUAAUAAUUAAGCAACAAUAUUUCAUGCAUAAUUUGAAGAACAAGAAAUGUAUAUACAAAUAUUAAAAGCAUCUUUAGAGUGACAAGGAAAAUUUAGGGAUGAUCCCUUCAAACAGCUGUUUCUAAAGGGCUUGUGAAGUUAUGGAGGUUUCCCAGAAAGAAAAUUUUCAAGAUUGUAUGAGAACCAAAUCAGAGGGAAGCUUGUUCACUGAAGUUUCUUCCUUAUCUGCAUUUAUUUACAGUUGCAAAACAGGAAUAGUUAUUCUCUAACACUUUGAGUUAAAGACAAUCCAGAU